AUGGUCGCCAGCGGGGUCACCUUCGACGACCUCCCCUUCGAGAUCCAGCGCCACGUGUUCUCGUUGGUCGACGUGCCCCUGGUGUGUCGCUGCUACGUGGCGUGGGCUCCGCUGAGGGGAGCCGCCGCCGCCGCCGCCGAUAUCCUCGCCACCAGGGUCGUACCAGUCUCUCCUACUCUGCUACCGGGCUCGGAGGACGAUAUCGACUUUUCCCUACUAUCCCAGCUCCCCCCGUGUAAGGUUUCAGUUGCUGUUGCCUACGGCCGGUGGCAGGGGGUGGUUAAUCGCCUCAACUUGGUGCCCUCGUUCAAACUGCUUGACGUGGCCAUCACCGGCGCUUUGGACCCCCUCCGAGGAAACUUCCGCUUGCUCCGCCACCCUAUUAACGACCUAAGCCUCAGCCACCUCGCAAUUGGCGACUUUGACCUCCCUAAGACCCUAAAACUGUUGACGGUGCAGGCGUGUCGGGCGUCCCCGCUGUUUAUCGAGCGAUUGUCCCAUCUUGAAACCUUGGUUAUCCUGGGAAUGGAGGACCCUCCAGUGUUGCCCGAGCUGUUGGUGGACGUCACUCUUCCUAAAGACUGGGAACUUAGCCUUGGUGCUGGCGAACUACCCUAUUUAACCGCCACCAAUAAUGGCCUAAACGGGGGCCUCCGCUGGCAUCAGGUGACCAAGCUCACCGACUACUGCAUCCCCGACGUCCCCGAACUCCCCAGUUUGAAGCAUAUCGUCGUCAAAGACCGCCACGGUGCCGACACGUUCACUAGGUGCCACUGCCCCAAUCUCGAGACGGUGUGGAUAAGUCCUGGCCUCAGCCUCCACCCGGAUAACACCGACGUCCGGGUGCUCUUCACCGAGCCCCAGAUGGCCAAACUCACCCAUUUGACGGCGUUUGACUACCACAUAUCCGACGUUACUCCGUUCACCCUGCUUCGAAUGGUGCACAUGAAGUUGAAUCAGCCCCUCACGCAACUGCUACCGUUACCGCCGACUUUAUACGGGUUGCUGGUUGACACUACCCACCCCGUCGAGGGCGUCCCCCCGCAAAUAACGUCAUUGAGUGUGUUUCAUCCACAGCCAGACCCCCAGCGCCAUGCGGUAAUCGACGCCCCCAACGUCCGCCGAAUGAGCUGGAGCUACUCCCACAAUCUCACCCUCCACUGUCCCAAACUCACCGACUUGACAAUAUUGCUGGUGACGGGUAAGUUGGCGGUGGAGGCUCCCAAUCUUGUGAGUCUUGCGUUCAGUGGCUUUGCCCAGCACUACCCUUUGGAAAAGCACCCAUUGUUAGCAAAACUAUCCUACACUGGCACGGCGUGGCAGCACCUCGUGGUCCCGCACCGUUUGCGGCAAUUGACAUUGAUCGAGGUCGAGAUCCACACCCUUGAAGUCGAGGCGAAACACGUGUGGCUAGAGGACACUCUGAUCUCCGAGCGAGCGGCGAUUAAGGCCGACGUGGUCUACCUGGACACGGCAUUGGUUGCCGCCGCCCACCUCCUCUUAGAGUGCCGGGUGCUUGAGAUACCGUUCAUCCACCCACACAGCUGUGGUGGCGUCGAGCACCUCAUUCUAGAUACCAGCGACGACUACGGUGGGUGGAUCGACACCGGUUUCUUUACGCAGUUCACCAGACUCACCCACAUAAAUUUGCAGUCGCCAGCGCUCGACUGUCUGCAGCAGUUCCCUUUGGUGAUUCCGGCCACGGUGAAGUCAUUGGUGGUGGCGGACGCGACCACUGACGAGUUGUGGCUCCAGUUUGCCGACGAAACCCAGCUUGAGUAUUUGGAGAUAACCCACGGGGACGACGCCGAUGACGCCGCCGCCUACUAUACCCAACAGACGCUCGGGUUGACGGCGAUGCCGCCGUCAUUCUAUUGUCCGAGACUCAGAGGCGGCGUACUGACGAGCUAA